AUGCCGGGCAGGCAGGAGGGGCCACGGAAGACCUCAGCCCUGCAAGCGGGGAAGAUGAUGAACGAGCCGAGGCCGCCUGCCCGUCGCGCAGGCCACCGGGGCCUCUUCAACACCGUGAUGGGGCCCCUCCAGCGUCAGCUCCGCUCGGGCGAGUACAACCUGUUCAGGUGCGCCACCUUGUUCGAAAGCGACUUUGUCCAGGUCAGCAAGCGCGGAGGCACGCUUGACGUCCACAACCAGGUGCAGCUGGUGCGGGUGGCCAUCGCUGCCACGAGCCCCAGGCUCCGGGUCCCCAACGUCCUGCUCCUGGCCCGGCCCGUCUUCCCUCCAGAGCAGCAGCUGCAGACCCGCCAGGCCCGGCUCCGCCACAGCACUGCGAACAUGAAGUUUGAACUCACCAGGCUCCUUCCCUUGUGCUUUGUCAAGAUCUCCAUCCACGACCUGGAGAAGCAGCAGCUUCGGUUCAAAAUGGCCACGGGACGCACCUUCUACCUUCAGCUCUGUCCCCAGCUGGACAGGCGGGCUGGCAACUUUGACUCCUGGGUCAAGGUCGUCCACCUGCUGAGGCCGCCCUUGGAAGCCGCCCAGGCACAGCAGGAGCAGCCCGGCGGAGAGCCGGCCCUGUGCACCGCGGAGAGCCCGGUGCUCCAGAGCGCGGAGGAGAGGGAGUGCAGCGUGGCCGAUGUCCUCAGCAUCCUGCAGGAGGAGGCUCCGGGGGAGCAGAGGAUCCCGGCGCAGCUGUCCGAGAGCCUGAACAGCAUCCCCGGCCCCAUGCCCAGCCCGGAGGAGCCCCCCGAGUGGGACAGCCCCCCGCCGUCCGAGGGGCAGGCCUCCAAGGAGCUGCUGCCGUCCUCCAGAGACAGCAAGGCGGGGAAGCAUAAGGACCGCUCUUCCUCCAGCAGGAAGAGGAGCACCCGGAGCAAGUCAAGGAAGUCACGCAGAAGCCACUCCUCGAAGAGAGGUAAGGACGUGGGGCGGGGCUCCCCAAUCACCCCCCCCCGGACACAGAGGGGCAGGCCCACCUCCACAAGCAGCCCCGCUGCCCACCUGUACAUGUGAAAAUGAUGGGAAGGUUUUUUCUCUCUCUUUGUACCAAUGCUCUCUCACUGUUUGACUAGCUGUACAUUUUACACCUUUUGUCCAUAAGGUUUCCC